AGAGAUGGGGAGAUGCACAAACAACAAAACAACCAACACCAGCCCACGCAUCAGGACCAAAUGAUAGGAGAGACCGGGGUUUGUAUUUAGAUGGUAGAGAUUCUAAGAUAUCUUUAUUAAGGAAGGAGCGAAAUCUCAGACUCUCAUAACAUUUGGGACGGAGGAAGAGAGAAGAGUGGGGGAGGAACCAAAGAGAGAAAGUGACCUGAGGUGGAAAAAGGACGCCAGAAGACUGCAACAGCCGCUGACCUCUGGCCUGUCAAUCCACAAUGUCCGCCCUGCUGCACACGCUACUGACCCUCUGCCUGACCUUCACACAGGGUGGUUGUACGUACUCUGGCAAUCACUGGGACGAAUGGAGCGACUCUCAGCUGCAGCCGACAAUUCAGAAGCUGAUGAAAGGAUACAACCGCUACCUCAGGCCUAAUUUCAAUGAGGGUCCUGUGGAAAUUGGAAUGAGUCUAGACAUCGCCAGCAUUGACGCCAUCUCUGAAAUCAACAUGGACUACACUGCAACCAUCUUCCUCCGUCAGCGCUGGCGUGACUCCCGCCUGGUGUUCCCGGGGAAUGAGAGCGUCAGCGUGGACGGGCGCCUUGUGUCCCUGCUGUGGAUCCCUGACACCUUCAUCCCCGACUCCAAGCGCUCCUUCCUGCAUGACGUCACAGUGGAAAACCGCCUCAUCCGCAUCUUCAGCAACGGGACCGUUCUCUACGCCCUACGCAUCACAGCUACCAUCGCCUGCAACAUGGACCUGACCAAGUACCCCAUGGACAGACAGGUGUGCACCCUGCAGCUGGAGAGCUGGGGCUACAACCUGCAGGACGUGGUGUUCUAUUGGACCAGAGGGAAUGAUUCGGUGAAGGGUCUCGACAUACUGAGGCUAGCUCAGUACAGCGUAGAGAGCUACUAUACCUCAGUGUCCGAGGCUGUGUAUGAGACAGGACAAUACCCUAAGCUGGUGUUGCAUUUCGCACUGCGUAGAAACGUGCUGUUCUUUAUCCUGGAGACGUACGUCCCCUCCAUCCUGCUGGUGGUCCUCUCCUGGGUCUCAUUCUGGAUCAGCCAGUCCUCUGUCCCAGCCAGGACCUGCAUCGGAGUGACAACAGUCCUGACCAUGACCACACUGAUGAUGGGUGCCCGCACAUCCCUGCCCAAUGCCAACUGCUUCAUCAAGGCCAUCGAUGUGUACCUGGGCAUCUGCUUCACCUUCAUCUUUGGUGCUCUGGUGGAGUACGCCUGUGCACACUUCUAUACCAUGCAGAACCAGACUAUAGAGGAAUUACACAGGGAGCUUCUGAGGGAUUUCAAUGAAUCCAACGGAAAUGGCUCCAUCCCCAUCUUCCGCUACACCCAGCCGAAACACACUGUGCAGAUGAGCUCCACUGCAGAGGAGCCCCUGGAGCAGGCAGCGGACUGCGACACGAGGAACCAUGCUGGGGCCAGAGAGAAGCUGUCUGAUCAGGGCUGCGGUCUGUCCUCAGUGAGGAGCGCUUCACGCAGAGCCGCGGCCGCCUUCACGGUGGAAAAUCCACACAACAUCGAUCGCCACUCUCGCACCGCUUUCCCCAUGGCGUUCCUCUGUGUCAAUAUCCUCUACUGGCUUUACUAUCUGUUCCUCUGAGCUGCUGCAUUGUUCAUUUCACCAUCCUUGAUGCUAUGCUGCUCCAUCUCCUCAUUUGAGACCCAAUACCAUUUGCCACUGGAUCUAAACUGAUCAUACAUGCUUUUUU